CCAUCCACACCUGAGGAAGAUCUGCCACUUUCACAUCCAUCCACACCUGAGGAAGAUCUUCCAGAUUCAACAACAUCUGAGGAACAUCUUCCAGAUUCACAUCCAUCAACACCUGAGGAAAACCUUCCAGUUGCUGAAACCACAGCUGCUGAUAAACAUGUCCCUGAUUCACAUCCAUCCACACCUGAGGAACACCAUCCAGUUGCUGAAACCACAGCUGCUGAUAAACAUGUCCCUGAUUCACAUCCAUCCACACCUGAGGAACACCAUCCAGUUGCUGAAACCACAGCUGCUGAUAAACAUGUCCCUGAUUCACAUCCAUCCACACCUGAGGAACACCAUCGAGUUGCUGAAACCACAGCUGCUGAUAAACAACUGCCUCAUGUAGAAACAACAGCACCAGAUGAACAGGCAGCCACACCUCCAGAGGAAUCUCCACAGCUCAGUUAUCCAACAACAAAAACAUCAUCAUCAUCAUCAUCAUCAUCCUCAUCAGGUGAAGAGGAAUAUGAGGAACAAUUCUUUACACAUGAAUUGCCCAAGCAACCCUGUUUUUUUUUCAUUCAAGAAAAGGAAUGGAAAAAAUUAAGAAGGACACAACUGAAACGGCGUUUUCAAACACUGAACUGGACAGUGGUUAUGGCCAAAGGUAUACGGAGUGUGCAUCCUUAUUGCAGUUUUGCAUUUAAGGAUCACAAUGUCCAGAGAAUUGGGUCCACAAGAAAUGCCCCACUAUUUGUAUGUUCCGGCUAUUGCCUUUUUGAUGACUGUCCUGUCAAAGUUCAGGUAACCGUUAAAGACGAGUCACUUAAGGCAAUAGUGUCCUUCAGUGGAGACAAAGUGUGGCACCACUGCGAGCAACUAAAAAGACGGCCUGUACGUGCCGAUGAAAGGGAUGCCAUUGCUAAAGCCCUCACCACAACACUGCCUCAAAGUCUCCACCUCAAAAAAUUAAAUAAGCUGGAGGACAAGCAUCUGGAUGUCGGGAUGAGGUGCCAACGACCGGUGUCAUGAAAACACUGGCAUAUGAUAGCAGGCAAAAAAAAAGAAGACACAAAAAUGAAAUGAUUAGCCUUCAAAUGAUCCAAGAGGAAAAGCAGGGAUCUGAGGAUGCAGUUAUCAACAAGAUAAUACUCCACCCCAAAGGCAUAAUGCUUUGGUCGGACAAAACUGUCAACAUCUUCCAUGAACGAUGCAAGGAUGACAUUGUGUACAUAUAUGCAACAGGGAGUAUCGUGCAUAAAGACAAAGGAGAAACGGCACACUUUUAUGUGUACGAAAUGGUUGUAAGACAUCCAUCCAAAGGAUCCUCCCCUGUCCCUGUGGCCACAUACUUGACAUCUGACCAUACCACAGCAUCUGUGUCGUAUUUCCUGGGGUCAUUUGUUACACACGCAACUAAACUUCAUGGAAAGAAAGUCAAGAAAAGGCCAGUUAUGCUGAUUUGUGAUGGCUCCAUCGUAAUACUUCAGUCACUGUCCUAUAACUUCUGCGGAAUGAGCCUUCAGGAACUGCUCUGUAGAUAUUAUAGGAUUGUGACAGGACAAGGACAGGAGGAUUGUAUGGGGCUAGCAAUUUUGCAUCGCUGUUUAAGUCAUGUGAUGAAAAAUGCCAAGGACCUCUGCCGCAAACAUGCCUCAACACAUUACCAUCUGGCCAUGCAUGUGUUUGGUCGAAUGACACAGGCCACAACACUUGAAGAGAUGGAUGAGCUGUUAAUCAGUGCCACAAUGGUUUUCUCCAGUUCCCACAGCGCUACUAAUGUUGAGGAACAUUUUCAAAAUCUUCAAAAGAAAUUGACUGAAAAAGGGCAAUGUUGCAUUGAUGACAUAGCCAUUUUGGAGCAAGACUUUGUGAAUGAAGUUGGACCAACACCAUUCCAACAUCAUUUUGAGGAAGUCAUUAAGAGGGAAGAGCUUGAAAAAGAGGGGGAUCCCAAUGUGUACUUCAGCCCAACAUUCAUCCCUACCUUGCUCAAGUACUUUCUGCCUCAGGCUGCUCUGUGGUCUGGCAUACUUCUGGGUGACCUUGGACGCCACGGGACGGGUCCACUGUAUGACAAGCUGUCACAAAAGUUCAAAAGAGCUGCUUGUAAACCGACCCAGAAUUACACUCAGGACAAUAACACCCAAGGGAUCAUGAAGAAAAGUCAGUGGGACUUGAAAAAGAUCCGUUUCCAACGUCGACGACUGACCAGACUGGAUGAUUUUGUAUCCACUUACAAGAUCACCCUGAACGCCCUUCUUAGGGAAUACAGAGACUCUCUGAAGAAAAAGAAGACACAUCGAGUGGAUUUAGUGGAAAGACAGAAAGCAAAAGAAGCAAGGAGUUUAUGUCAGACACAUCACCAAGCCUUUUGUUUUCCAAAAGUCCAAAAAAAAGAGCACAAAGAAGAAAAUGUCACCUCAACCUACAUCGACACAAAACAUCACAGCUGUUCCUGACAAGGACAUUAAAGUGGUGACAACAUGCUCUCCAGAUCCUGCUACAUCACAGAAACCAAAAGACAAAGUCAUACGUCAAAAGCAAUCCACAUCCUUGACAGACCAUCAUGAGGAAAAUACACAGGAAAGCAUCAUUCAAAGUCCAGUUGAUGCCCUACCACAGCUCAAGGAAUUCUGGAAAAGAAAGGACACAGAAGUGGUUGUGUCUGUGGUCCCCUCUCAAAUAACAGGGAACAGCAUCCUUAUCCACCACAGUGAGCUACGGACACUUAGACCUCACUACUGGCUUACAGGCGAGAUCAUCGAGAGUCUCUUACAUCACACUGCCAACGACUUGAAUUUGGGAAGUAGAAUUUAUAUUCUCAAUCACUAUAUAGCUGGUGUGAUCCUCUUUGGGAAGAGAGAAAUGGUCAGAAGGAACAGUUUAUCCAGGACCAACUUUGACAACUAUGAAGGAAUAGUGUCUUUUGUGAACGUACACAAUGUACACUGGAAGUUUCUGUACAUCAGUACAGCAACAAGAAGUGUGUAUUUGGUUGAUCCAGCACGCAGCUCGGCAGACCUGACAGACUCCAACCAUGCUGCAAAAAGAUUGAAUGAGUACUUCAAAAUGAGGAGGACCUCCCUUGGCAAGACUGACUGGGUUGACAUUAAAUGGAAAGGAGGUGUUAUGCAACACCCAGUGCAGCAGGAUGGAAAUAGCUGUGGGGUACUUGUCAUCAUGAUGGCAAAGGCAGUCAUGGAGGCCUUUCCGAAAAUUCCAAAAAUUGAAUUUGGUACAUCAAAGAGAGAGAUGGCACAGCAGCGUCAACAUUUUGCUCUGGAAAUACUUAAAGCCUCAGUGUUUGACACAGAGAGCAGCUGUGCCAUGUGCGCAACAACAAAACCACCCAGUCACGGACCUUCCAUCACUGACUGGAUUCAGUGUGACAGCUGUUGCCGGUGGUUCCAUGCCCAGUGCCUACAGAUGGACACAGCACAGCUUGAUGCUGUGAAGACAGAUGAUUGGGAUUGCUAUCUGUGUCGGAAGUAAUGCUUCGUACAGUAUAACAGCUAACAGUAUUGUAAAUACAGUGUGUGUCUGGAUUGUAUAAAUGUGUUAAUGUAGUUUAAAAAUUAUCAAAAAUUGUACAGUAAAAAUGAUACAUUUUCAA